CACCAUCAUCUUCUCAACGGUGAGUGCAAUGCAACUUUAAGGGAGUAGCUCAUCCUCUCCUAUACCCUGUCUUAUAGUCUACCGCAAGACACCCUUUCCCAUGUAUCCCUCUUGAUAUCAAAAGUACUUGUCUGCCCACGAUGCGGGGGCUGGUGCUUGCAGGUCUGUCGACAGUCCUCGCACCCUUGAUCGUCAAUGCAUACAAACCACUCUCCGAUGACACUCUACUGAAUCUACUCCCUCGCCCUGACACCGCCGACUUCGACAUACGAACCGGCAAUCUCCUCGCUCCUAUACUAGUUCCCCGAGUCCCCGGCACCUCUGGGUCGCUCAAAGUCCAACGACAUUUUGUCGACUUCUUCCACAACAGUCUACCAGACUGGUCCUUGACAUUCCAGAACUCGACCUCCAAAACCCCGGUUCACGGCGACACAGAGGUUCCCUUUGUCAACCUAAUAGCCGUCCGAGAUCCUCCCUGGGCAAAGUCCGGAAACGUGGGAAGAUUGACCUUGGUUGCACAUUAUGAUUCAAAAUACUCUCCGGAUGGAUUCAUUGGCGCAACCGAUUCCGCGGCCCCAUGUGCCAUGAUCAUGCAUGCCAUCAAGUCCAUCGAUACAGCCCUCACCGCCAAAUGGGGCGCUAUGCAGGCGCAGCAAGACCUAGACUUUGAUUUCGAAGAAGACAAAGGCAUCCAGGUGCUGUUCCUUGAUGGAGAAGAGGCUUUCAAAAGUUGGACGGCCACGGAUAGUAUAUACGGAGCGCGAUCCCUAGCCGAGGAGUGGGAGAACACCAUGCAUCCUGCCACGAGCAUCUACUCCAACUACCUCGACUCCAUCGAGUUGUUCGUCCUGCUCGAUCUCCUCGGGUCGCCUGAAGAUCUCAAAAUCCCCUCCUGGCAACAUAGUUCCCACUGGUCGUAUGUUCACAUGGCUGAAAUGGAGGAACGAUUACGCAAGCUAGGCAUGUUCAAGAGCGACUCCAAGCGCAUCUGGUUACCAGACAAGGCCAAGAAGGAAACAGAUCGGUUCAACAGCUACAUGAUGCAAGACGACCACAUCCCCUUCAUUGCUCGCGGUGUCCAGGUACUCCACCUCAUCCCGGCACGGUUCCCGUCAGUGUGGCACCGCAUUGAAGAUGAUGGGGAGCAUCUUGAUAUUCCCACCGUUGAAGACUGGGCCCUCCUCACUUCCGCUUUCGCCGCCGAGUACUUGGAACUGGAGGGUUUCUUUGAACCAUCGAAAAAUGCCGGGGUCAAAAGACGUGAGGCCCUUACCAGCAAGACUGAAUUAUGACAAUGACAGUAACUCGGCGUCUGAAAAUCCAAAUACUGAUUCCGACCCCGAGGCACAAUCGCUAUAAAGGCACCACUUGAAACCUUCAAUCUGAAACAUGCUAUGGUUCAGAUCGAAUAUCAUAUCAACACGAUCAGGAGGAUGAACUCAUGUAUACACGAGGGUGGCAUAUUGCCAUGAAGGCUUUGGAGACGUCGCUUGAUGACCAAGGGUCGAAGAUUCUUUUGCCGCAGCGCAAUUAACAAAGGCCCCAUACGGCUCCACGACCCAUCAUCUACAACAGAAUAUACCAGCGAAAUGCCUUUCACGUCUAGAGAGCACGAGUUGUCAGCUAAGACGGCCGUGACACAUUCCCAAUCACACUUUAAGCUUCUUCAUGAUGAAGUUUUGCGUCUUAAUCAAAACUUUUGUUAUAUUCAAACAGCGCUUAUGCUCCUAGUUUCUCAAAUUCG